AGGAAUAUUUCAAAUCUCAAAAGAAUUGAAAAGCUCAAUGGAUUCUCCGAGCACAAGUGAAUCACCACUGAAAAAGAAUACAAUUCAGGAUUUUGGAGAAAGUAACAUGACAGAAAGUCCCCAGUCUAAAGAAGAAAUCGACGAACCGGAAGAGGAGUGUUCGGUAUGCAAAAAUGAAAUUAUCGAUACAACCUCGUUGAGUGAUUGUUGCCAUGAAUUUUGCUACGAUUGCAUUGUAGGCUGGCUCACGAAGGGAUCCGGUCCUUUCUGUCCAAUGUGCAAAACACCAGUUAGCUUCAUCCAACGGAAAGGAACCGAUGAGAAAAUAACCGUCCAGCAAAUAAAAUCCGAAGGAGAGCCAGCAGCGACUGCUUCAGAAGAUCUUGUGACUGAGAAGAGAAUUGUGUCGAGAAAAAUUCGAAGUUGUCGAAGGCUAAUGAACCAAAUUGACGAGAUCAUUGGAGCAACAUCAAGUAGAUCUGAUAGUCAAAAAAGGAAGCCACGAUUAGAAGAGUUGAACUCGAUGAAACAACUGUGUGUCUCACAAUUGAACUCCCUGCAAAUGCUCCGAGACGACAUUGAUCAUGGAGCAGCAAAAGCAUUAAUUGUCUCAAAAGCCGCAUUCCGAAGAUUGAUCUAUGAGCGUCAAGUUAUAUCAGAAGGAUUGCCAGAUGCAACUAAUUCUCUGUCGAAAACUGAAUUCCGUGAUAAUAUCGAUCACUAUCGAGCAGUUUUACACAGUUUCUUGAGCGUCGAGUUGAAAUCCCUUCCGGCGAAGACGCAACCACGUGUCGACAAUGAAAAUAGCUGGUAUUUUUAUACACUUCAUGAUGUGGCCGAGGGAAAAGACGAAGAGAUUAUCAAUAGAAUAUUCAGUAUGAUUGAAGAUCGUGGAACGCGUGAUCUUAAUGCGAGAGAAGUUGAUGCAGCAUUGAAUGGGCUUGUAUCAUGUCGGGUUGUAAUUGCAUUUAUUGCUGAGCUGAAGUCUUUGAUUAACAGUCGAAAGUCAUUUUUGGAGUGGUGCGGUGCCAUAACAUAUCGAAUCAGAACAGAUCGCGGAGGUGAAAGUGCUGGAAAUGAUGUUGUGACGGUCGACGAUUCAAUUGAGCUUGAACCCGAAGAAAAUAGAUCAAACCACAGGUCGCGCCGAUUCCCGGUUUUUACACCAUUCGACCGAGUUUUUGGAUCUACCAUGGGACACAUGUAUCGAGGACAACCGCAAGCUCCUCUUCGUCUUGGCCCUAAUGCUACGAAUCCGUUCAGGCCAGCUCCGCUCCCGGUGCCGUCACAAUUACCAAUCGCUGGUAUUCCAUGGGCAGAAUUAACGACAUCUUCAGCAGGUGCUGGUUCUGCUCGAAGUCGUGGAUCCGACAGUGUAGUAGAAAUUGACGAUGAUGAUGAUAAUGAUGGUGUCGAUGUGGAUGAUGAUGACAGAGAAGACAGUGAUGAGCCAAGAACGUAUUCAAAUAGUGAGGAAGAUAGCGAUGAAGAGAUUCAAGUUGUUGAACGUGAUGAUACUAUUAUUCUUGAUGAUUCGAAUCGAUCACUUCCUAAACCUGUAGCAAAUGGUAGUGCCGACAGGAAGAGAAAGUACGAAUUUCCAUUAGAAGAUCAUUGGAAAAAGGCCAAAACCAGCCAGUUACCUGAGGGGCUUGUUGACGAUGUUCAGGAAUUGAUCGCGAAGUACAAUAUGCCGUUAACACAAUCAAUGAAUAUGCUUGUCGGCGCAGCACAAGAAGCCAUUAUCAGGAUUAACAAACCAAUGCCAAGCACUUCAAGUGCUCCAGACAUUUCGAAGUUCAAACCUGAUGAUAUGUUACAGCUAGCAAGUUAUCUCUCUCGAACUGGUGCACUUUCAAGGCGACAGUAAAUCGACAUUUGAUCUCUGUUAAAUCAAUUAAAAAGGCGGAUAUCGACGAGUUUUCAAACUUUUUCCUAGGCAUAUCAUAAUUUUUUACAACUUUUUUACUUUUAUUUUUUCUGACAUUUCGAUGUUUCGUAGUAGCAAGUUUCCAAAUGUUCCAUCCUGGGCUACAAGCGAACUUAUUCGGCAAUUUUUAGAUUUUCGUUGUUUACGGUUCAAAGAAAAAAGCGUUUUUCAUAUUUUUAUUGUUUCUCCAUGUUAGCUAUCAUUUUUUAUUUAUUUAUAUUUAUAGCUUUAUUCUGAUUAUUGUACUUCUGUCCGUGUAAAACAUUUCGUCACUAUUGACUGUCUAUAAAUUUUUAACCUUUG